CAGGAGCUGGCAGGAGGGGAAUGAACCGUGAGGGCGUCCCCGGAAAGAGUCCGGAGGAGAUGUACAUCCAGCAGAAAGUGAGGGUCCUGCUCAUGCUCAGGAAGAUGGGAUCAAACCUGACGGCCAGCGAGGAGGAGUUCCUGCGCACGUACGCGGGGGUGGUGAACAGCCAGCUGAGCCAGCUGCCCCAGCACUCCAUCGACCAGGGUGCUGAGGAUGUUGUGAUGGCAUUUUCCAGGUCAGAGACAGAAGACAGAAGACAGUAACUGCAGGACACCUGAACAACACAGAACUGGAGAGGACAGUGAGAUUCCUGAAGAUAGAGGAGGAUGGCUGAGCAUUAAUAAGUUCCUCUGUCCACCCUAAUUGUUCCUUGGUAUUCCUUCUCCUUUGUAAUGUUGUUUCCCUUUGCCCAACCCUCAGAAUGCAUCUCACAGCCAUCUGUUCCUGUCAGAUUUUGCAGCUCAGCCGGGCUGUGUUCAUUCAGGACAAACCUAAAGGUGUGGUUUUGGUUGGCUCAAAGGGACAGGCUGUGGUUGGAUAAAGGAAGGCAAUUUUUCAAACUUGACCAAUGGAAACCUUUUAUCUCACGUUUUAUUUUAUAUUUUAAACAAAGUCUCUUGACAUCCUACUUCUAAAGAAGCUUUUCAUGCUGUGGUGCUUAUUUAGGUCAAACUUGUGAAUUUGAAGAGGGUUUGAUUUGGCUGCAUAGAACUGGAAGCAACUUGUGGUUGGGUGACAAUGCAAAAGCUUUCCCUUCAGUUGGCUUGCAGGUAUUUUGCUGACUCCAACGUUUUCAUUGCAGGAAGCUGAUGUUUUGGUGCAUUGGUUAUUUCUUUAUACUUUUUGACUUGGGGGGGAAAAGACAAAUGUGCUUUGCAAUAUUUAUUACAUCUACACACAUAUAAACGCUUGCUUUUGGGGGGUUGUUUUGGUUUUUUGAUUGGCUUUGAAGUCAUGGUUUGAUUUCCUUUUGGCUGCAGUGUUUCUGAUGGAAUCAGUUUUUCCAUACUCAGCUGCUCUCUGGCCUGGAGCUCUUUUGGGAGCAUGUGUCAAAGCAGAUUUGGUUCAAGAAGUCCACCUGGCCAGGCUGGAGGCCGAGGGUGCCCAGCCUGGUGGGCAGGGGGCUGUGCCCAGCCCUGGUGGGCAGGGGGCUGUGCCCAGCCCUGGCACUCCUCUGCCCGGGGGCUCCUCCCUGCUUCCCUCACAGGAGCUGGAGAUGUUUUGCAGGAAUUGCAAGAGUGAGAUCUAAGGCUGUGACAUGAGUUUGCCAAAUUUGUAUAGAGAAUAUGUGAACUUGUUUAAAAUACUGCAGAGUCCCACUUUAACCCUUUGACUGCUGCACAAGACUAGCUCUCACAUUAGGAACAAUUAAUGAUCAUUGACUUAAAUCCAGCUUGCACUGGGCUUUAAUAAACUGAAGUUUCUAGUCACUUGAAAAACUGCACAUGGUUUCCCUCCUUGCAGCUGCUUGGUGGUAGGGAAAUCCUCUGGGUCCUAGGCUAGCAGCAUGUUCCUGAGGCACUGUUGCAGGAGGCAGCAGUGCUGCUUCAGGCUGUCCAGCCCUGAGUGUGCAGGUGACACUCUCAGGUUCUCUCUGCAGCUGCAGGGCCUCCAGACACACACACAGACCUUGACAGACUGAAAAACCUGCAGUGGAAGUCCCGAGGUGCACUGACUGCUCAGGAGUCUGCAUGUAGUCUCCAGCACUGCUGCCUAAAACCAGGCACUUCAUUUCCUCUCAUGUGUGCAGGUGGUUUUUACAAAACUUCUGGAUUUUGCUGUGGGUUGCACUGACUUCGAGAUGUUUCAGAAUCUAUUAAAGCUGAACUCAA